GGUCCUUUUGGAUGAGUUGUAGCAGUAGAGUUAAUAAAGAAAAAAAGUCGUCCAGGUUGGAGCACAAGUUGUGAGGGAGAAGAAAGUGAAGGCUGCUGCCGGCGAAGAAUGAGACGGCGACACUGCGGCGGCACAGAAGAUGGGAAAUUGCGGCACUAGGGAGGAGUCCGCGGUUGUAUCCACCGCGCAUCAACACCACCAAGUGCACCAGCAGCUACAAGUGCUGUCAUUGCCGACUAGGAAUCCAGCCACAGAUAAGAAGCACAGCCGCUCCAUUUCAGAUCUGAGCGAUCCUUCAACCCCUCGAAACUUCGAGGACUUCCGUAAAAACGCCCUGCUCUACACCCACGUCAUUGCUUUCACCCUUUUUGAGCUUGAGACCAUCACUAAGAGCUUCCGUUCAGACUACAUUCUUGGAGAAGGUGGUUUUGGGACUGUGUACAAAGGCUACAUUGAUGAGAAUGUUAGGGUUGGUCUCAAAUCUCUCCCUGUAGCCGUCAAAGUGCUUAACAAGGAAGGUCUUCAGGGCCACCGCGAAUGGCUAACUGAGGUCAACUUCCUUGGGCAGCUCAGGCAUCCUCAUUUAGUGAAGUUGAUUGGAUAUUGCUGUGAGGAUGACCACAGGUUACUUGUUUAUGAAUUCAUGUUUAGAGGAAGUCUUGAGAAUCAUCUGUUUCGAAAAGCAACUGUUCCACUAUCUUGGUCGACAAGAAUGAUGAUUGCUCUUGGGGCUGCUAAGGGGCUUGCUUUCCUUCAUAAUGCCGAGAGGCCAGUUAUUUACCGGGACUUCAAAACUUCCAACAUUCUGCUAGAUUCAGAUUAUAUAGCCAAGCUUUCUGAUUUUGGUCUUGCAAAAGCAGGGCCGCAAGGUGAUGAGACCCAUGUAUCUACUCGAGUAAUGGGAACCUAUGGCUAUGCUGCGCCUGAAUAUGUUAUGACUGGACACCUUACUGCCAGGAGUGAUGUGUACAGCUUUGGGGUAGUUCUUCUGGAGCUAUUAACAGGGAGAAAGUCAGUAGACAAGACGAGGCCUAGCAAAGAACAAAGUUUGGUAGAUUGGGCGAGGCCAAAGCUAAAUGACAAGCGGAAGAUGCUUCAAAUCAUAGACCCUAGAUUAGAGAAUCAGUAUUCAGUAAGGGGAGCCCAGAAAGCUUGCAGUUUGGCAUACUAUUGUCUGAGCCAAAACCCAAAGGCCAGACCAUUAAUGAGCGAUGUGGUUGAGACUUUGGAACCGUUACAGUCUAGUGGCGGUAAUGAAGUCUCUCCAUCAUCGUCAUCAACCCCUACGCUCCUGUGCAGUGGCAGUCCGUUUGUGACAGGAAGGAUUCCAGAUUAUCGGGUGCAUCGUAGAUUUGCUGGGGCAGGCGGAACUGGUGUCGGUUGUCGGUCCACCAACCCGAAUUGCUCCCCUGGUGGCCCUGCAGCUUGCCGGGUUAGGUGAGCCAAGAGUCACGGCUGUAGUAGCCUUCAAGAUGUAUGUACACGGUGUUAAUGUGCCUGCCUGGAUAUGUAUAUCAUAAUUAUGAUAGCAACAGGCUUGUUGAUUGUUAAUGUAGCUAAGUGCUUUUGUGUUGAUGAUGCUUUGUUCCAACUUCGAAAUUGCAAUCUGGAGUGAGAGUCGAUUUUACCGUCGAUGUA